AUGAAAAUAAAUAAAAAAUUAUUAUUUUUAUUAUCUUUAUUAAUAUACAGUAUUGUUAUAGUUGAAGUAGAUGGAAUACAAAUAUUAUUAUGGAGUGGUGGGACAUGGAGUGGACAAGGUUACGAAGAUUGGGGAUUACCAAAUUAUUUAGGACAGCAUGUGAAAAAAGAGAAAUGUCCAGUGGAUUGUGUAUUUAUAUCACAACAACAAUUCCAUGCAGAUGUCGACGCAAUAUUAUUUGAAGCACAACCAUUGGCAAGCUGGUCCUACACAUUCUUAAAACAGCCACCAGCAUUUCCUCAAAAAGAAGUUGCCCAAUAUUAUAUAAACUUUGGAUACGAACAUGAAAAGUAUUUCCCAAUAUCAACGCAUCCAGACUACCAAAAACAUAUAGAUAUCAACAGCACAUUUCGUAGUACCGAUCAAGUUCAAGUUACAUUUGCUUGUAGUUGGGGGUCACGUGAUGAUGGUAAUAUCGAAAAUUUCAGAAAGGAGCCUGUCAAAUUUGAAGAUAAAAACGGGUUCGUUGGAUUCAUGUCAACCAAUUGCGAUGGCGGUGGUGCAAUCUAUCGUACUUGUUACAUCAUAGAAAUGAUGAAACACACUCAAGUAGAUGCAAUGGGUGAAUGUUUAAACAACAAGAAAUUAAAUAAAAAAGAUUUCCCUCAUGCAGUAUUCGAUGAUCUUGGUGACUCUUUACGUAUUAAAGAAUUAGUAUUAUCAAAAUAUAAAUUCUCUUUAGCUUUUGAAAAUAAUAACAUUACUGACUAUGUUACAGAAAAAGUUUAUACAUCAUUAUUGAGUGGAAGUAUACCAAUUUAUAUGGGAUCACCAAAUAUUGAUGAAUGGGUACCUAAUAAAAGUAUAAUUAAAACAGAUGAUUUUAAAUCACCAAAAGAGUUGGUAGAUUAUAUAAUUUAUCUAUCAAAGAAUAAAACAGCAUAUGAAGAAUAUUUUGAAUGGAAGAAACAACCUUUUCCUGAAAAAUUCAUUGAAAAAUAUAAUCGUUGUAUAUUUUAUGGUGCUGAUUGUAGGUUAUGUCAAUAUAUUGAUAAUCUAAAGAAAAAGAUAAAUAAUGGAAUUGGAUUUAGAAGUACAUUUGGUGAACCAUAUGAAGAUUCAAAAGAGUUGAGAGUAUUAGAUAUUAAUAAAGAAACAUGUGUAUCAAUUAAACAAGAUUUAAAUUAUGUUCCACCAGUUAAAGAUAAAUUUACAAUAAUGUUUUGGUUAAUUUUAGAGGAUGUACAUGAUGAAAAACCAAUCAUUACAAUGGAUAAACAUGGUUUAGUUGUAUCAGUUGUUCAAAUUUGGAAAAGAUUUUAUGUUAAAUUUUGUUUCAAAUCUAAAUGUUUCCUAUCCGAUACACCAUUAGAUAGUAAUGAAUGGAAACAUUUUGCAAUUUCAGUUGGUCCUUCUUUACAAACUACCACUACAGAUUUAAAUUCAAAAAAUAAUAAUAAUAAUAAUAAUAAUAAUAAUAAUAAUAAUAAUAAUAAUAAUGUUGGAAAUGGUGUUAUUGAUAGUUUUUUAGAUUCAGAUGGAAUGGAUGAUUUUAGUGAUAGUUUUGAAACAACAACGAUACCAACAACUAGAACAAUAAAAACAAAAGAUAUUGUAGAUACUGUGGAUACUACUACCAUUUCAAACGUACCAUCUACAAUUAAAAUCUUUGUAAAUGGUAUAUUGGAUUCAACAUCUACUAGCUUUUUAAAUUUAGAUUCUUUAUCAACAAGUGAUAUUAAUAUUGGUUGUGAGAAAAUUGUUGCAAAAUUGGAUGACCUUUCAAUUUGGCGUACAAAUUUAGAAGAGAAAGAAAUUGGUGAAGCAAUGUUUAAAAAAUAUAGAGGUGAUGAACCUGGCCAUCUACUUUAUAUGACUUUUAAUUCAAUUCAGAUUAAAGAUUACUCAAUUAAUAAUCAAUUCACUACUAUCGUCCCUUCAAAUGCUGUUACUGAGACAAUUGGUCAUAAACAAUUAAUUUUAACAGUUGGCGAAUAA